AUGGAAAGGUACAAGUUAAUCAAGGAAGUUGGUGAUGGAACAUUUGGGAGCGUCUGGAGAGCAAUUAAUAAGCAAUCUGGUGAAGUCGUAAGUGCAUUGCUCCUUCUCAUUUCUGCUAAACUGGUGGCAAUUAAAAAGAUGAAGAAGAAAUAUUACUCAUGGGAAGAGUGUGUGAAUUUGAGAGAAGUGAAGUCAUUGCGGAAAAUGAAUCAUCCAAAUAUCGUGAAGCUCAAAGAAGUAAUCCGGGAAAAUGACAUUUUGUAUUUUGUCUUCGAGUACAUGGAAUGCAACCUUUACCAGCUUAUUAAAGACAGAGAAAAGCUAUUUGCAGAAGCUGAUGUGAGGAAUUGGUGUUUCCAAGUAUUUCAAGGUCUUGCCUACAUGCACCAGCGUGGGUAUUUUCAUCGUGACCUUAAGCCAGAGAACUUGUUGGUCUCAAAAGCCCUAAUUAAAAUUGCUGAUUUUGGUCUUGCACGAGAAGUCAAUUCACAACCCCCAUAUACGGAGUAUGUCUCCACACGGUGGUAUCGAGCACCUGAAGUGCUGCUUCAGUCGUACCUCUAUAGCUCUAAAGUUGAUAUGUGGGCAAUGGGUGCUAUCAUGGCUGAGUUACUCACUCUCCGGCCGCUUUUCCCUGGUACCAGCGAAGCAGAUGAGAUCUACAAAAUAUGCAGUGUGAUAGGCAGUCCAACAAAUGGCACUUGGGCUGAAGGUCUCAAUCUCGCAAGUGCUAUCAACUACCAAUUUCCUCAGUUUGCUGGUGUUCACCUUUCUGCACUUAUACCAUCAGCAAGUGAGGAUGCAAUCAACCUUAUCACGUCUCUCUGUUCCUGGGAUCCCUGCAUGAGGCCUUCGGCUGCAGAUGCUCUACAACAUCCCUUCUUCAAGGUAGGAUUGGAGCAACAAUGUGCUAGGAGGUUACCAGGGGCUUUGUCUAAUUCAAAGCUUACCAACACUUUUCCUUCUCCAAAGUUACAUGCUUCUUUGAGUUCAGGAGUGCAACGCAAGCUGGAUAUGGUUAACCAGAGUGUUGGGUACAAUCAAUCAAGAUGGGAGCGAAUUGAGGAUUCACAUAAGCCUGAUAAGUCCUUGAAGAGCUCUACUAAACCAAGAUAUCAACCACCAGCGAGGAAAAGCCCAACAUCCAUCGGUAGAGGUAGAAUUGGGCGUGGAGUAUCAGAUGCAGCUGAUAAGUUUGCAAGCAUGACGAUUGCUUCUCAUCGGCAGUCUGUGGGACAGCCUAAGCCACCUCCUAUGAAGGCUGGAGUACAGUGGACUGGUGAAUCUGGUGGAAUGUUUCUUAGAUCAAACCAACAAUUUCCACCCGGCAGAAAUUAUCCAAGGAAAGUUGUGGGAUGA